AUGUCAGACUCCGUUUCCAACGAUGGUUCUUCUCCAGGGUUCGAUGUUCACACUCUAUCUCAUCUCCUCAAUCAAUUCACGCACUUACAGUCGCAAUUGAAUUACAAAAAUAUGAGUCCUUUUUCUGAUCCUUCAAGUGUAUUCUUUCUUCAUCAUAGCAAAAAUCCUAGGGUUUCAAUUAUUUCAGUGAAAUUGGAUACCAAGAACUAUAAUGAAUGGUCCAGAGCGAUAUUAAUUGCGCUAAAAUCUAAGAAUAAGCUUGGAUUUGUGGAUGGCACAUUAACAAAACUUAGUGUAGAUUAUCCCAAUUUUUCAGCUUGGGACAAGUCUGUGGAUAUCUGGAACGAUUUGAGGCAUCGUUACUAUCAAGGUGAUAUCUUCAAGAUUGCAGAAUUGGAAGAAAAAUUGUUCUCUUUGAAGCAGUGGGAUUCAAGCACCACUGAUUACUUUACAAAAUUGAAAGCUAUUUGGGAAGAAGUUGAAAAUUUCAAGUCUAUUCCUCUUUGUAUAGCAUGUGAAUCUACGUGUAUUUGUGGGCUGGAAAAGCUUCGAAUUCAGAAGAAGGAGACUUAUACUGUUCGAUUUUUUAGGGGACUAAAUGAGAAAUACCACAAUGUUCGUUCUCAAAUCAUGCUUUCUAAACCUCUUCCUGAUGUUAAUGAAGUCUUUUCUUUGCUCAGACAACAAGAGAGACAUUUGAAUUUGACCGAUGAAAAUGUACAUGAUCCACAAAUCGUGCUAACUGCUGCAAAUUCUGAUAGCUUCGUUAAUCGUGACAGAAAUUCAAGAUUCGAUUCUCAUGGUAGGGGUGGAUCUGGAAGAAGCAAUAGAGGGAUGGGUCGAGGUAAUUUUGGUAGAGGCUACCCUAAAAUCUGCUCAUUUUGUAAUAAGGUUGGGCACUUGGUAGAUGUUUGCUACCAAAAACACGGGUUCCCUCCCCAUAUGAAGCAGCAGCCUAGAAGCGCUAGCAUCAACAUGGCCGUAGAAAAGACAUGUGAUGACAAGAGCAGUCCAAAUUCAACUUAA